AUGCGGGCUUUUGGAACUGUCGACAAUUGCACUAAUGAAUCCACUAAAGCAGAGUAUAUUUCGGAGAUUCUGGUCGGAGUGGUGGACACAUUUAGUAAAGAGGGUAAAGAGAUCUCGCUACACAAAGAAUAUACCUUGUCUGGCGUUGAUAGUAAAGGUUAA